GUGAGAAGGGUGGAGGAUGGUGCAACAGCAAAUGAGCAAAAAACCCGCAAUGACCCUGCAAGCCGAAUAAUGCACUUCAGCGAUGCUUCCAACACAGCGAUCUUAGCCCGGCGGCAGAAAAACAGGCUGCUUGGAUAUCACUUAUGGAUGACACAAAUUCUUGAUGGGGCUGAAGUGAGCAAGUUGACUGGGACGCUCAAAAACAUUCACCUUUGGAUUCCAGAGCCACGCCAAUGUAGCUUUAUCUCUGUGCAUUCGGUUAUUGUUCUGUUUAAAGAUAAAUGGCUCAUUUAAGUUGGGAGCUGCCCGAGUUUUCACUGGCUGGCAGAUGCAGUGCCUAGCACCCGCUAUCCAGGACGAAGCAAACAUGAAUGGGGCUGGGGAGCAGGCGGACAUUCUGCCGGCUAAUUGCAUGGUUAAGGACCGCUGGAAAGUGCUGAAGAAAAUAGGAGGAGGAGGUUUUGGAGAGAUCUAUGAAGCCUUGGAUUUGCUAACAAGGGAGAAUGUGGCACUGAAGGUGGAGUCGGCCCAGCAACCAAAACAGGUUCUCAAGAUGGAAGUAGCUGUCCUUAAGAAAUUGCAAGGAAAAGACCAUGUUUGCAGGUUCAUAGGUUGUGGAAGGAAUGAAAAGUUUAAUUAUGUGGUCAUGCAACUUCAGGGAAGAAACCUUGCAGACCUUAGACGUAGCCAGCCUCGUGGGACCUUCACAAUGAGCACAACUCUCCGAUUAGGAAAGCAGAUUUUAGAAUCAAUAGAAGCCAUUCAUUCUGUUGGAUUUCUUCACCGGGAUAUUAAGCCUUCUAAUUUUGCUAUGGGUCGACUACCUUCUACAUACAGGAAGUGCUAUAUGUUAGAUUUUGGCCUUGCACGACAGUAUACCAACACCACGGGAGAAGUUAGGCCUCCUAGAAAUGUUGCUGGAUUCAGAGGAACUGUACGCUAUGCUUCAGUAAAUGCACAUAAAAACAAAGAAAUGGGCCGCCAUGAUGACCUGUGGUCCUUAUUUUACAUGUUAGUAGAAUUUGCAGUUGGACAAUUACCAUGGCGAAAAAUUAAAGACAAGGAGCAAGUGGGUCAAAUCAAGGAGAGAUAUGAUCAUAGAAUGCUGCUAAAACACAUGCCUUCUGAAUUUCAUAUCUUUUUAGAUCAUGUAUCAAGCCUUGAUUAUUUUACUAAACCAGACUAUCAGCUUUUAAUGUCGGUGUUUGAAAACAGCAUGAAGGAGAGAAUUAUAACAGAAAAUGAACCAUUUGAUUGGGAGAAGGGAGGUACUGAUGCAUUAUUAUCAACUACCACCUCAACCCCACCACAGCACAAUACAAGGCAAACGGCUGCCAUGGUUGGGAUUGUCAACGUCACUCCUGUACCCGGAGAUUUACAGAGGGAAAACACGGAUGAUGUCUUGCAAGAUGAACACCUCAGUGACCAAGAAAAUGCUCCUCCAAUUCUGCCUGGAAGACAAAUAGAGGGUCAGCUGCCAAAUGAAGGGGAGGUGUGGGAGGACACAGAUUUCAAUCGUAACAAACUCAGGAUCAGCAUCAGCAAGACACCAUGUCAGUUAGAAGAAGAUCCCAACAGAGGUGUCUGUCCAGUUUCACCUGUCAAAGUUCCUCCAGAAUCCCCUAGUAUUCAAGUCCGGUCUCUCCGUUACAGAAGAGUCAACAGUCCAGAAUCAGAGAGGUUGUCGGUGGCAGAAGGAAGGGUGGAGGUACUUGACAAAAGGUCUAGGAUGGAUGUAAUAGGUUCUCCUUCCAGACAGGUGUACUCUUCCCAGCUUGCACAGAUGUUGUCCGUCGAUACUGGGCAGGGAGAUCGACAAGUCAGUGGGAGGAUAGAAGUUUCUGCCUCAGUGGAGCAUGAAGCGCUCAGCAAUGCUUUUAAAUCAGUUCCCCUGGCUGAGGAAGAAGACUUUGAUAGCAAGGAAUGGGUUAUCAUUGACAAAGAAACAGAACUUAAAGAUUUUCAGCCAGGUGCGGAACCAAGCACUUCUGGGACAACUGAUGAGGAACCAGAAGAGCUUCGCCCAAUUGAGGAAAUUGAGGAGAGAAGACGACUGGGUGCAGCAGAAGCUGUGGUACGACCGAAAACGCAAGAAGGGAGGUCAAGAGGCAUGCUUACUGUGGCUGAAGAAGACGUUUCUCAUAAAAGUGGAGGCCGUGGUCACUCUACAUCUGAAAGCAAACAGGAAAUGUUGAUGCAAAGCCCAGCACAGUCCCCAUGCCACUCAUUACCUUCUACUCGGCCAAAAAGGAGGGAAUCUGAGCCUUCAGGUCCACAUAGACAGAUACUGUCGCCCAAACCCUUUGAGCAUAAUGGCCUGCCAUUGAUGGUGCCUUCAUGUCUGCCUUAUCAGGAUUUUAAAGCAAGGGACCAGGCUUCCGAAAUACCAAGAGAGCACAAUGUACAUCCUCCGCGAACUAAAAAGGUGGAUUUCCUAACGGUGGUUUUGACUGGCCAUUUGCCACAUCGCCGUGAGAUGCCAGCCGGAGAAAAACAAGAAGAGAAUCAGGAUGUGCUUCUUGAAGAAUUGGCUCCACGUAGCGAGUCGAGCAGUGAGCUCAGUCAGAAAAGUACCGAGCGUAGUCAGGAUGGGGCACCGUCCACCCUUCUGGCCGAUGAUCAGAAAGAAUCGAAGGGCAGAGCCUCCACUGUAGAAGGGGAUAUGGAGAUGGAAGAAGGUUCCAAAACACUUGUUUUGUUUUCUCCUGGAGAUGUAAGAAAAUCAUUAGGUGCUGGAGACUUGGCCCCAGAUGUAGAUUUAGGAACAAUGGCUGCCAUCACCCCUCAGAAUGAGAGGCCACAGCCUAUGGGAAGCCAAUUAGAUGUUUCAGAGCCAGGAACUUUAUCAUCUGUGCUAAAAUCUGAACCAAAACCUCUGAUCCCAGCUAGCACUACAUCCUCUCCCUUCACCAAAGUUGAGCGUACAUUUGUCCAUAUUGCUGAAAAGUCACACUUGAACAUCAUGUCUUCCAGUGGCCAGCAGCUAAGGCAGGAUGAGUAUGGCUUCUUUGGAGUGGUUGAUGAGCCUUUGGUAGAGGAAGAGUACCCGGAGCAGGAAAUAAUUAAAGAGAAUGGAGAUUUAAGCUCUACUGAAAAGGAGGGAGAAGCCGGCAGUUCAGUAUGUGCUGUCAUUCCUUCGGAAGACCACAAAAUUCUAAAUGGCCUGGAUGUGUCAAUAGAAAUAGAACCUGAGAAUAAAUUAGAUAGUGUGCCUAAUUUAGUCCUUACAGAUGGAGAACCAGAAGUCCAGAAAGAUUUGGCUUCACCACCAGAAGAACCUCUAGUAGGAGAUGCUAAUGCUGAAUCUGUGUUAGAAGGUCCCAGUACACCUGCUAAGAUGACUGUGCCAAAUAAGCCGCUAAGAUCCAAGCAUCGGAGCCGUAUACCUAUCUUGCUCUCUGAAGAUGACACCGGCUCAGAGCAUUCAGCUUCUUUCUCUUCCAAAGAAUGGCUCUACAAACGGGCAAAAAAGCCAGAUCUGGUUCGUCUAAUCAUGGAAAAACGGCAAGGACGUUUAAGAAUGGCUUCAGCUGCUUCAUCGUCGGCAUCUUCUGGAGACGAUCAGAGGAGAGCUUCAGAAACAUUAUCAACCACUGGCUCAGAGGAAGAUACUCAUGAUUCAGAUGAUUCGCUUACCAAAAAGAUACACAAGCAGAACACAGAACAUGAAACCCUGGGCUGGAAAAGUAGAAUUCCUAGACCAGUAACACCAGUAAAUAGGUUUUCAACACACUUAGCGCCUAGAAGGUCUUCUCAAACCCUGCAAACAGCACUUACUACACAGAAAUCAGAACCUCAAGGAACACUUAGGCUGCAAGCGCAUAAAACAGGAAACGCAAGCGUGAAUGUCCAUUAUGAGCAGAGGUCAAAGCAGAUGCCGUCACAGGUCCAGAUGUCACCAAGCCCGGCUACUUUCCAAGGUAGCCCUAGGAUACCCCUGCGUAUGACACCCCGAAGUUCCAUGUUACCCCCUCCGCGAAGCCUCAGUGCAUCUCCAAGAAGCUAUUCCACCUCCCGAACGGACAGUCCCUCUCCAUCACGACAGCGAAGGCAACCAGUGAGCACUGAAAUUAAGAGGCAGUUUAUUUCUUUCAGAGCUAACACUGCCCUUCCUCUUAGGCCAAAAGCUCAGGCAACUGGGACUGCAGAGGACUCGGCAUUGCUACCUGCUGGAAAGUCUGCAAGAAAGGUGAGGUCACAACUGCAAGUUCAGCCAACCAAAGGAAGAAAAGAAGUAUUUGAAAGCAAGGUUGCUGCCAGAUAAUGAUCUUACUGCCAUCAGCCAGUGCUACAUGGUAAUUCAUGCUUCUAAUCUACUCAAAAAUCUCACACCACCGUAUGUAUUGAGUCAGACCAAAUAAACAUUAGUGGUUUGCAAAGGUUAGUGCUUCUGCUGCUUACUUUGACAGUUAUUUUUGAAGUACAUCCACAGGAAUAACAUGUAUAUAUGCAUAAGGUAUUUCUAUAAAGUGCUUAAGUAUAAUCAGAAAAUGUAAGGGUACGUUUAUUACAUAUCCUUUAAAUUUAUAAGCAUUCUGAAGAGUUCUAAACUGAUAUUACAAUAUUUGAUCUUGAGAAGGUUUUUCUCAGUAAUUAAAUUAUAUACACCUAAUUUGACAUCAUUCUGCUCUUAGCUCAUUUUACUGUUGAACUCCAUGAAGUCAUUCGCAGUACAAAUCAGUGGCACUUUUUUUUUGCCUUUAGAACCAGCCAAGAAGAACAUGUGCCAAUUAAUCGCACUUAAAUUUUCAAAUGUGAGUGAAAACCGUAAAAUUAUAAAAAGAAAUCAAGUUACUAUGAAUUCAGUGGUAAAAGAUAAUAAUAACCUGCUACUCUGAAUUACAAGAAACCGAUUUUACUAUUUGGAUGACUUGUUUGUUGUUUACCAUUGGAUAAGUGAGUAAUUUGUAAA